UAAUACAAAAUAACACCUACCUGUAUUUUUUCAUUUAAAAAAAAAAAUGACCCACCUCCAUUGUUGCUUGUUGGGUCUCACUCUCCCUAUCCAAAAGAAAACAAAAAAGUUUGUGCUUGUGUGUGUUUUUGUGUGUCUUUUCACUGUCAAUCUGGAGGAUGAUUUUCUUGAAACUAAGCAUCUUGAUUUUAGUGAUUCUCAUAGACUGCUAUAAAUCAAUCUUAGCUGUUUGUUAAUGUUUGUUAGUUUUGAAUUAAGAACAGUAGAUAAAAAGAAUUGUAGUUGACCAGGAAAAGAGAAUUACAAAUAAAUUACUGCCUCUGCUUUCUUGGUUUUUUGCUUGCUUGUAACUUUAUGUAUAACCUUUAUAUAAAGAUUAUAUCUUUUGCUUUCAUUUUCAGUUCAGUGUUCAUUAUCUUGAAUCUUGCGUGCUUAUCUCUCAAGUCCUAUUGAUCCUUUCCUUCUUAUUUCCCUCCUUAUAUAUGUAUAUAUAUAUAUAUAUAUAUUUAUAUAUAUCUUAACAGGGUGAUUGUUUGUUUGAUUGUAAUUUUCAGAAACAUUUCUGUGGUCGGUGAUGAGAUGGGUCUUUGAAUUGGUCAUUUCAACCAUAGCCGUCUUUUUAAAACUUGUCUUGGUCUUUGUUCAUUUAUAAGUGGUUAAUUUUCUUGGUCUACUCUGAAAUUUCUUUCUAGUUUUCAUUUACCUUCUUCUAUUUGAACACUUUAAUAAGCUCUCAAGAACCAAUUUUUUAAUUCAAUUUCAAGAUCUUUAUAUUCUCCAAUUUUGGGCAUUUGUGAAGUUGUAUUCUUUUUUUUCUUUUUCUUUUUCUAUUUUUAUUAUUGCAAGUUUCAGGUUCUGUUGAUUGAAGAUAGAUAGAUAGAUAGAGAGGGUAAGUUAUUUGUGUAUUGAAAUUAUUAAAGGAGUUGUUAUGGGAGGGAGGAGCUCAAAAGGUUCGAGUGGGAGGCAUAUUCCGUCUUAUGGUUCAGCUAAUUCUUCUUCAUCAUGGAAUCAAUAUGGUUAUCCACAAGCAUCACCCUAUCCAUAUCCAUCUUCUCAGCAAAACCCUUAUUAUACGCCUCAGCAUCCUCAGCCCUCUACUUCUUCUUCUUCUUCUUCUACUUAUAGUCAUGAAGCAGGAAUGACUCAGCCACAAAAAAGAUUGGAUAGGAAGUACUCUAGGAUUGCUGAUGAUUACAAGACUUUGGAUCAGGUCACUGCUGCUCUUGCUCAAUCUGGCCUAGAGUCCUCUAAUCUCAUUGUUGGCAUUGAUUUCACAAAAAGCAAUGAGUGGACAGGUGCAAGAUCAUAUAAUCGACGAAGCUUACAUCACAUUGGCAAUGGGCAAAAUCCAUAUGAACAGGCAAUAUCAAUUAUUGGCAGGACUUUAUCUGCAUUCGACGAGGAUAACUUAAUUCCCUGUUUUGGAUUUGGAGACGCAUCAACUCAUGAUCAAGACGUUUUUAGUUUCCAUCAAGAUGAAAGAUUCUGCAAUGGAUUUGAGGAAGUGCUGACACGCUACAGAGAAAUCGUGCCCCAGCUUCGACUAGCAGGGCCCACAUCUUUUGCGCCCAUCAUUGACAUGGCCAUUACUAUUGUUGAGCAAAGUGGCGGGCAAUACCAUGUUCUGCUGAUAAUUGCUGAUGGUCAGGUGACAAGGAGUAUUGAUACACAGCAUGGCCAGCUCAGUCCACAGGAGCAAAGGACGAUUGACGCAAUUGUAAAAGCAAGUGAGUAUCCUUUGUCAAUAAUCUUAGUUGGAGUUGGCGAUGGACCUUGGGACAUGAUGAGAGAGUUCGAUGAUAAUAUCCCUGCUCGAGUCUUUGAUAAUUUCCAGUUUGUGAAUUUUACAGAAAUAAUGUCAAAAAAUGUGAAUCAGUCCAGAAAAGAGACAGAGUUUGCUCUUGCAGCAUUGAUGGAAAUACCUGCUCAAUAUAAAGCAACUAUUGAGCUUGGAAUAUUGGGUCAACGGACAGGGAAUUGUCCAGAGCGGGUUCCUCUGCCCCCACCAAUUCGUGGAGCAUCUUCUUUCAGCAACAGCCCAAAACCUUCCCAGUCAAGCAGUUUUCAGCAACGUGCACCUUCGUAUUCUGGGUAUGAUGCAUCAGGGCCUUCUUAUUCUGGAUAUGAUGGAUCAGUGCCUUCUUAUUCUGGGCAAGACACAGUAGUUGCUGGAUAUGAUACACCAGUCAACACGAAUCCACAUGCAAGUUCUACUUAUGAUAAUCAGGUUUGCCCCAUUUGCCUCACUAAUCGGAAGGACAUGGCCUUUGGUUGUGGGCAUCAGACUUGUUGCGAGUGUGGAGAAGACCUCCAAUUGUGCCCCAUUUGUCGGAGCCCAAUACAGACUAGAAUCAGGCUCUAUUAGUCAACAUCAAUGCACGAUCUGAGACUUGUCUCUGCCGCAAAACUUGGUUCAGUGAAAACUGAAUCAAAUGCCUUUUUUCCAGAGGCGGGGACAGGAGCGGAUCAUAUCUUGGAAGAUGCAUUCACUGGCAUAGGGAAAGGAGAAAUUCAAGCUUCAGUGGAAGCAUGUGCAUCUUCUUUCCUCUUAACUAUUCGAGAGAAGAGUUUGAUUCUUCAAUACAUUGUGGAACAUGACUGACUCUUCCCCAUUAAAGCUUCUGUUUCAUAGUUUGGUUUUAGCAAAAGCUAGUUGUAUGAGCUGCUUUGGUUUUUAGAGCAAAUAGAAGAAUAAGGACUCUGGUCCAUGUUAUUCUUUCAUUUCAUUCCUUUGUUUUUCUGUGGUAAUGUUAGAUAUACAUAUAACAUUUUUUUAUUGCACUAGGAUUGUAAAAACUUGUAACUUAAUUGUCGAGUGCUUGUGUGAGUUGUGUUGAAUUUGAUGCAUCACUUAUGUAAUCCACAUGUACUCUGUUGUUUUGUAGCGUUUCUGCAGCUAAUUCUCUAGUGGUUUUCUUGAA